UUCAGGACAACACGAGUAACAGCACAGGAAUUUACACCUCGGCUAGUUCCGGUAUCGCUGUGUUGGGUGGGACAGCGGAAGCGGUAUUUUUUCCACUGCUCAGACAUUAACCGAAUUCCUUCCAAAAACCAGAAAACAUUUUAAAAAUGCCGGCUUAUCAUUCGAAUCUGAUGGAUGAUGACACCAAAAUGGUGGGGAAUAUGGCACUGUUGCCCCUCAGAACUCAGUUUAAAGGACCUGCUCCGAAAGAAACUAGAGACACCGACAUCAUUGACGAAGCCAUCUACUACUUUAAAGCCAACGUGUUCUUCAAGAAUUAUGAAAUUAAGAAUGAGGCAGACCGAACAUUGAUCUACGUCACUCUGUACAUCUCCGAAUGCCUCAAGAAGCUGCAGAAGUGCAGCUCAAAAGGCCAAGGAGAGAAGGAAAUGUACACACUUGGAAUCACCAACUUCCCUAUCCCAGGAGAGCCAGGAUUCCCUCUCAAUGCUAUGUAUCUUAAACCUACCAACAGGCAGGAAGAAGAGACCAUGAGGGCUUACCUACAGCAGAUUCGUCAGGAAACGGGCAUCAGACUGUGCGAGAAAGUGUUCGACCCUCAGACAGACAAACCAAGCAAGUGGUGGGUGUGCUUUGUAAAGAAACAGUUCAUGAACAAGAGCCUGUCUGCUCCUGGUCAGUAAAAGGCAACUGGGAAUUUUCAGUUUUCCCAUCCAUGUGGAACGUGGGUGGAAAUUCUUUUUUUUUUUUGGGUUUACUUGCAAUAGAUACCAGAUCUAAGAAUACUUUUUUUUAAUAUACAUUUGAUUUCUUGUCCUCAUACGCCAUAUGUGUACAAAGUGAUCAAAUAAAAGCUGGAAAAAACAAAAAUAAAAAACCACCUGUUUAUUUUA